UUUUUAAAUAUUAUAUUUUUGUUGUAUUUUGUUUUGAACAUAACUUCUUGUCACCGAGCAAAAUGCCGUUGAUCGCAUCACAUAUGUCAAAAUUUCCAGCUUUUUCUCGGGAGGCUCCGAGUCGCUUUCCAAAACAAUUCUAUUUACAUGGACAAAGUGUCAUUGCGUUUCCAUCAGUUUCCAUUAGGAUAGGUUACAUUUACGCUCUUUUUCCUUCCUAGUUUUUUUCAUAUCUUUUAAAUUUAAUUAAUUGAAUUACUGUGGGCACGUUCUUCGUUACAGUACAAAUAUAAAACUUACACGAGUGCUUGAAAGAGAAGGAUUUUACAUCAUGUCGAAGAUUAUUUGUUUGUUUGACGUAGAUGGCACACUCACUAUACCACAGCGGCCAAUCAGCCCUAGCUUUGAAAAGUUUCUCCUAGAAACUGUAAAGAAAGAGUUUGACAUUGCAGUAAUCGGAGGUUCUGAUUUAAACAAGAUACAAAAACAGCUAGGUAAUGAAAACCUCUUUGAAAAGUAUAAGUAUGUCUUUGCGGAAAAUGGCCUUAUCGCUUUCAAGAAUGGCAAAGCUCUGCCUUCACAAAUGAUUCAAGAUAUACUUGGGGAGGAUUCUCUGCAGGAUUUUAUAAAUUUCACCUUGCGAUAUAUAUCUGAGCUAAAGCUGCCAUUUAAGCGUGGAACAUUUAUCGAAUUUCGUACAGGCAUGUUGAACAUUUCGCCAGUAGGACGAAAUUGCAGCAGGAAAGAACGCGAACAAUUUAAUGAAUAUGACAAUGAACAUCAUAUUCGGGAAAAAUUUAUACAAGUCCUAAAAAAAGAGUUUUCUGAUUUGGGUCUAACUUAUAGUAUUGGGGGACAAAUCUCUUUUGAUGUUUAUCCUAUUGGUUGCGAUAAAACGUAUUGCUUGCGUCAUAUUCAAGGAUAUGAUGAAAUACACUUCUUUGGUGAUAAAACAGCCGAAGGUGGUAACGAUUAUGAGAUUUACGAGAGCGAUCUGACAAUAGGACACCGCGUCACUUGUCCCAAAGACACCAUGAACCAAUUGAAUGUCCUUAUGACUCUUAUAAAAGAGAACAGGGAGAAAGAGCAGCUCGAUGUUCCAUUGCAAUGCGUAUAAUAAGGCCUAAUAAUAGUAUUUUUCUAGAUUGACAUAAAUUUAUAUUU